AUGGCAGGAGGAAGCAGCAAUUAUUGGGAAGAUCUGCGGAAGCAGGCCCGCCAGCUGGAGAACGAGCUGGACCUCAAGCUGGUCUCCUUCAGCAAGCUAUGCACCAGCUACAGCAGCUCACGGGAGGCCCGGCGUGGGGACAGUUCUGACACUACCCCCCUCCUGAAUAACUCCACCCAGGACCGGAUGUUCGAGACCAUGGCCGUGGAGAUCGAGCAGCUGCUCACAAAGCUCACAGGAGUGAACGACAAGAUGGCGGAGUACACCAGCACGCCAGGAGCCGCCUCUCUCAACGCGGCCCUGAUGCACACCCUCCAGAGACACCGUGACAUCCUGCAGGACUACACCCACGAAUUUCACAAAACCAAAGCCAACUUUCUGGCCAUCAGGGAGAGAGAAGACCUCCUGGGCUCCGUACGGAAGGAUAUCGAGACAUACAAGAGCGCAUCAGGAGUGAACAACAGGAGAACAGAGCUGUUUCUCAAGGAACACGAGCACCUGCGCAAUUCAGAUCGGCUGAUCGAUGACACAAUAAGCAUCGCCAUGGCAACCAAGGAGAACAUGACCUCCCAGCGCGGGCUGCUGAAGUCCAUACAGAGCCGAGUCAACACUCUAGCCAAUCGCUUUCCGGCCAUCAAUAACCUGAUCCAGCGAAUUAACUUGAGGAAAAGGCGGGACUCUCUAAUUUUGGGCGGAGUCAUUGGUGUUUGCACCAUUCUUCUGCUGCUGUACGCUUUCCACUGAUGGGCAGACCAAUGGCUUUGGAGAACUGUGCAAGUAGGAGGAAGGACCUUGGGAGAAUGGGAGUGGCAAUGGGAGGAGACUGGUGGGAAGUAACGCCCCCUUUGCCAAGAAUGAUUUCUGGUCUGUGGCCAGACCAGCAUGGACUACUGUAUUUCACCAUACCAGUGGAGGAGGGGGUUGAGACUCAUUAACCUAAAACAGUAUUUUUGUUCUUCAUAUCCACGAAGGCAAACACACUGUUAAGAGACACAUGAAGGGGACAUAAUUCAUUUAACUGGCAUCCAAAAAUAAAGGAGCAAAAAUUAAAGAUUUUGAUAAUGGAGAACCCCCCCCUAACUGGUCUUGAAGAAUAGAUUUCAUAUUUAUCCUGUCAUUUUAAAGUUGCAGGAGUUCCGAUUUAAUGUUCCUUUGAGGGAGAGGAAACCUGUCAUGGGAUCUACUGAGACUGCAUUAAGAAAUAAAUGAUUUGGUUUAUAAUUUGUGAAAAUGGUGGGCUAAACACAUUUAAAUGUUUUUUUUUCUAUUGUAGCAUUUUAAUUUAAAGUGCAUUGGUACAUCUCUAUUAGCAGGGAUCUUGUGACUUGUACGUAAGCCUAACAUGAAGUGGAUAACUGGUGAUAGUGUACAGUAUGUUUGCACUCUCAAGUGAUCCUGGGGUGUGAAGAGCAUUUCGAUUUUGCUCUCACGGUGGUGUAGAUUCUUCCUGUCCAGUAUUGUUUGUGUUUCUGAACCCUUGAAAUUCUGUUUCACACAUACACCUUGGGGCUUUUCUUAGGAAUAAGAGUUGCCGGGUGUCUUGAGUGGUGUGGACAGAGCAGUGAGAUCCAGCAUUAAAAGGCUUUCCUUACCAUCUGAGAGCUGCUGUCUUUCUGCUCUGCUGCUGUCAUCCUGUGGUGCGCCUUGCUGUGUAGCUUGGCGUUCCUGAUUCACAGCAGGCUCUAGCAGAUUAUGAGACCAUCCAUUCUCUAGCAAUCAAUGCAGUUCCAUCACAGUCUCCUGUCUCUUUCAGGUUAUCACUGGAGUAGUUAUUUUGUCCUUAUUCAAAUUUCAGCAACAGGAUUCAGCAAAUAGUUAUAAACUUAGUUUUAAAACACUGGAUCUUGUGAAUUUGCAGACAGUUAAAUGUUGUUGAGAUCUCAUUAGUCGACUUUAUCUUUGGCCUCGCCUUUGUGCUUUGGAAUAAUGCGUUUGUAUUGACUUGCUGUCCCCUUACAGGACACAGGGGAGAAGGAUCUCAUUUGCUGUUUGGUCCACAUGUGAAAGGACUGUUAGGAAUUAAAAUCAUAUAAUUACUGGAGUAUUGGGAGCAGCAGAAAUUCUUGCAUACCAAGCAGGUCUGUCCAACUCAAUGUACCAAGGCCACUAAUGAAGAAUGUUUAGGUGCACAGUGUUGCAAUUGACUAUCCUAAAUACAGUGCCUUGCUGAAGGUCCCUUGGGUGGCUGUGCACUAGUUUUGCAAUGUCCACAUGUAAAAAUAUAACUGCAUUUUUAAGCUUUGCAAUGCAGGUGGUCUUGGAUAAGGCACUGAGCUAAUGUGUUGUGUUCAGCAUCGCCCUGGGGUUUGAGAUGUGGAUCAGGGCUGUAUGUGGCGGACUGGUGAUACUCUGAGAUUCACAACAGACCCGGCUCACCCAGCAACUCAAACAGCAAUCUUUGCGAGUCCAUUUGUAAGGUUUUCUCUCCUUCCCCUCUAUGUAAAUAUUGUACAUAUAUAAAUAUAUAUAAUAAUUUAUGCAUCUCUAACAAACGUUUAACAUAGACUGGAAGUAAAGGUUCAUCGGGAACAGCUAUCUAUUCAAUAUGAAGUGCUUAGUGUAGAAAAAUUGAACAAGGAACAAAUGGUCUGGUUCAUUUUCAGAAGACACUGGAUGUUAACGCUGUCUCAGCACCUUGACUGGUCCUUGUUUGGUUAGUAUCUGUGUCCUGUUAAUACCUGCUUUAUAUCUGUGGUCUGCAGUCCCUGCCAUACUGACAUACUGACCCCUCCAAGGCUAGGGUAGUGUUGACAUACUGUUUGUUUUUUUUCGUUCAUUCAAUAAUAAUUCACAGCAGGAGCAUAAAUGCGACAUUUCUUGUGCAAAGGCUGAAAAGAAGAUGAGAGUUUUGAUCCUGGCAUUUUUGAUCCAGGAUGUUUUCUACAUUAAGUAUAUGCCCUCUUUUAGCUUGUUAUUCACAGGAUAUUUAGCUUUAGUAGUGUUAGACAUACAGCACAUAUUUACAAGGUUUUCUUUUUCAACAGCAAACCAAAAUCUGAGAUCUAUACAGUAUACAUUGUGUGGUAUAUCCUCAAUGAGACAGCAGCAUCCCCUAGAGUCUUGCUGUGGUGGAGGUAAUCACAUUAAGGGGCAGCAAGACUUCUCCUGUGCCCUUGCGUAACUCUUUUGUUUUGCUCAAUGCCCAAGUGGUACAGGAGUAUCUCUUUCAAGGAGCCACUGUGGCCAGUUUCCAUCUCCCUAAGACUUGGCCACUAAUGGAGUUUGUUUGUGCCACAUGAGCAGAAGUGGCCUACUUGAAGACGGUAGCUGUGCUUUAGCUGGGUUCAGCUUGUUCGGCCACCACGUUCAAGGGGUGGGCAGCCCACAAGGGAAAUGUACUUAAGCCAGACAAACUUGCAACUCCUUAUAAAUCACCAGAGAGCAGCCCUGUGGAGGAAGAAAAAAGCAUACCUCCUCAGUAUGCUAAUGUCCAUUAUUUUAAUUAAACAGGGACACGUAAAUCAAACUCAGCCUUUUUCUUUUGUCUGCUGCCAUUAAGGAGGCAGAUGAAUAUUUUUCUGCUUCAGAUAAAAAGGUCAUUGCUGCUACUGUAUUAAAUCAGGGCUUCUACAAAUGUACCUGCCCAGAUUGUAUCAGCACACAUGUCCCUUUUGGAUUUAUGGAAAACAUUGACAGUUAUUGUCCCAUUGGGAUAAAAAAGGUCGUAGAAUUUAAUUUCAGAUGGCAUAAAAAAACAUCUGUUUGUACUGAUUUAGUUUGUUUUUAAAGCAAUAGACCAUUAAAACCUUCAAGCUUAGCCUCACAUCCUUUUUCAGGCUGGCAUUUAUGUCACUUUAAUGCCUUGAAUGGCGUUUUUUCAGCGUCAAGCAGGUGGUAGUUGUGCCACAGAAAGUCUGUUUUUUAUCCUUCGUUGGCUGUCCCCAUGGGGAUCUUUUCCCCCUCUUACUGCGAUUACUGACACUUAACAGCAACACCAACAGCAAGAAAAAAGUGGUGACAGACGCAAAAUAAAGAGAAUUAUGAAGGAACUCUCAGAGCCAGAGGCUUUGGUUUUUGUAAUUAGGUGUUAUCUUUCAAAAAGCCAGGAAUAAGAAGCCCCUGGUACUGUAGUUGUGAUUUGGCAAAGAUCUGGAGCACAGCUGCAUAUGUGCGUUCCACCAGACGUCAUGUUAUUUCAGCAGGUAGGGGAAUGAUGUAGGGACCUUGAACUGAUCAUCCUGUCACAUAGUGGGUCUUGACCGUGUGCGAGCUGAUGUACAGAGAGCUCUCGCAGAGCCCAGCAGGGGAAGCAGGCUCUCCCUCUCUCCCCCUAGCAGCCCCACCCCUGCAGGCAGCUCAGCUGGGCACCCCCAACAUCUGGCUGUGCUCCUCUUCACUGGCAGGGCAUUGCCAGAGACCAGAGCAGUCUGUCGGAACAUUUUCUCUUGUUUUCUCCGUGCGCUCCCUUCUGAUUGUUCCUGUCUAUAUUAUUGUGCAGAGGCAGGCAGAAUUGUAACCAAUGGUAUAGAGUUCUGACUUUCUGCCUUUUGUUCAGAGAAGAAAUGAGACGGUAUGCAGCAUUGUUAUAUUAGUGCAGGACUGAAAAAUAAGGUAGCUACUGUAGCUCUUCUGUUAUUUUAUUCCCUCAGGCUGUGCUGAUAGGAGUUGGGGUUUCCGAAGGCCGUGGUCCAGGCAAUCUGGGGUGUGUUUCCCAAUAAUCUGGGCAGUGUAUUUUAACCCUUUAAGGCCAGUCAACGCAGUCCAAUCUCAGCGCUAGGUUUUGCCAGGAACACUAGCAAAGGGCUAAGAUACCACAUUCCUUUUUUCACCCAUUUCACCCAAAUAGACUACCUUAUUUUGAGUCAGUGUAGACUGUUUGGCUAUGUUACCAUAUUAGUUUUUUUCUACUGGACAAGCAAUCAUAGUGGUAUUGUAAUAAAAUCCACCACUCUGUUUACAGUACCGUAUUAUAAGAUGCUCUCCAGUACACCACGGCCUUUUCUAAACUGUUUUCUUUAUGAUAUGCAUUUAUAACAAGAUUUCUUUUCAGAUGGAAUAAUCCCGGAAAAAUAAUAAGAUUUUAUUUCCUUUUACGGGGGUGGAUUUGAAUUUCAUUUGUAAAUAGCAUAAUAAUAGGGCUAUUUUUGGAUGCAAAAUCAAAACAAGCUUAUCUGAGUGAUUUUUAUUCUUUCUGAUGUCGUCAUACGGUGUAUCAAUAAAUCUUAUUGUGAUACAGCGCUACAUGAUUAUUAAUAAAUCAUAUUGUGAUAUCA